AUAAACAACUACAGAAGGGUAAUUGUUUCUGUAAAGCUGUUGUACCACCCUUUUAAACAACUAUCAGCAAAUGAAUAACGGCCUGAAAGGCUGUUUACCGAAAGGCCUGUAUGUUUUUGUGGUGUACUUUAUCACGCACAACCAACUGUGCUGGCCAGUAAAAGCAAGCUACAAUAUGGAAAUCAAUGGUCAUCCAAGUGCAGGGUCAGCCUAUCUCACACCAGAUAGUGGUGCACCAUCAGUGGGAGGAGAGAUCAGCAAGUCCACACAAAAUCUCAUCACUGCAAUGGAAGAGAUUCCUGCUGACUGGGAACGUGCCUCUCUGAGACCUAGCAGUCAAGCAAGCAGUAUCUUCAAGCAAAGUCCACAGAUUGGCAGCAUUUACACCACUACAGGGGGUUACGCUAACAGCAACCUGGUAGCUGAUGAGGAAUCACAAGAAUUUGAUGACUUGAUAUUUGCAUUAAAAACUGGUGCUGGCCUUAAUGCCAGUGAUAAUGAAUCCUAUCACGGCAGCCAAGAUGGUGGAAGCAUUGCUAAUUCACAAAUUGUGGAGCUCAGAAGAAUACCAAUAGCAGAUACGCACCUCUAAUGUUCUUAUAUGCUUUUUAAAUCAAAUUUGUCCAAAUUUUUAUACUUUACUGACAUAUUCUUUUGCACUAAAAUUUUGCAUUUAAAAUGUAGAACAGUGUUAAACGUUUCAAUUUGUACUACAUUUUUGUAAUGUUCAACUGAUUGUGAUCUUAUCAUUCAAUCAAAUCUAUUUUGAAAAUAAAAUCCUGUAGUUUUUUUGACAUAGUCAUAGAGAAGUAAAUGUGACUAAUUUGGAUGUACAGUUCAUAUAGAAUUUAGAACAAACCCUGAAAUAAACACAAGCAGCAGAUUACUUGUAUGAAACAUCUACAUCUUUCUGUAGAAGUAACAAAUAAAUUGUGUUUUACGUUCUUUUCUGGUAGCAAAAA